AAUGGCAAUAUAAAUUAUUAAUAAUAAAAUUUCCUUCAUUUCCCAUCCAGCUUAUCCCUUCUUUCAGAGUCCUGAACGUAGAGUAGUUGAACCAUCCAGAUCACCGUAAUUCUUUACAUUACAAGAACUUUUAUUUGGCAAAAACCCGAUCAAUUCUUCAACUACGAAAAGAAGACAAGAAACGACCAGGAACCCUCAAGAAUCCAACUCCUGGAACAAGAAACUACUCGAGAUUUGGCUAUGGAAUUCCAGUCUCCAGAGGAUAAUGCAUGGUACGACGUGAUUCUUUUAUGGGAUAAUGAAAUGCUCACUGUAAAGUACGUUAAUUUCCCAGAAGAUUUUAAUGAAAUAUAUGAUGUUGGGAAGUUCAAGACCUUGGAAGAAUUGGAAGAUUUCAAGCAGAGGUUUAGGCAAAGCAGUGUCCAAUUACAAGACCAUGAUUGCAAAAAGGUUGUUCUGGGUAAGACAUUUUGUGCAUCAUAUAAUUUUGAGAAUGGUGAUGUUAAGUUUUUUGAUGCUCUUGUUGCUGAAGUACUGAACAAGAAACAUAAGUUUAAGCAAGGAGGAGGAGAAGAGUGCCUCUGCACUUAUGUGGUUAGAUGGCAAAAUGGUCCAUUAGAGGGAGAAAGGACAUUUGCCAGGAUUGCUAAUUUUUGCCUUACCCCACCUAGCAACCAAGUUGAUCCAUCACUGGCCUCUUUCUUGAAGCUUGCAAGAGAGAGAAUUGAGAAGGGUUCUCUAGGGGGUAAGGAUGCAGGACAUGAAGAACCCAUUACCUCUGAUUUUGUAAGCAAUUCAGUUAUGAAUCUUGAACUAUUUUUUAUGAAAUUAAGGAGACAGAGAAAGAACAGGUGUGCAUACCGAACAAUAGAGGGAGCGCUUCAUAGUCGUUGUAAGAAGAUUUAA